AUGGCUGGCUUGGUUAGCCUUUGUCGACGCAGUAUCCCUGCACUGAGUUCUGGCCAGGCUAGACUUGCCUACGGGUCCAGCAUUUCUGACAGAACCACAAUCAGUGAAUUUCAAUCGCGACCAGAUUCACCGUCCCGCUCGCCCUUCCGUUCUUUACGUUCAUUUGGUCGCAAGACUGAUAUCAACCGAUCAGAGACUCUUCUCGCCCGCUACGACAGCAGUACGAGUACGAACCGGCCGCGCGCGCUAUCCGCUGCUGCAAGCUCCGUUCAUUCAGAAUACCCGGACCCCGUGCUGUCGCACUCCAAUAAAUCUCGCGUGUCUUUCAAUUCUAGAUCGGGCAGACACCCAGCCGGCCCCAUGGAGGUUGACCGCACUCGUACUCGGAGGGAGAGGACGUUCAUUGGCAGUGAAUGCGCUGUCUGCGAAGAGCCCCUCGAGCAUACCCUGCGUGGAGAACGGGUCCUUCAAUUUUCCUGCAGCCAUGUGUCUCAUGAAGCAUGCUUUUACGAAUUCAUCCGUGAAUUUGAAUCGCAAUACUGCCCAACAUGUGAUGCACCCCUAGGCCUUGAUACAAGCCGUGGAGGCAACGUCUUGGAUAUUGAGAAAAUCAGUAAUAUUGUGCGCUCGGUGACCAUGAGCGAUACUGCCACUACACGGAGUGGCGUCACGGGCAUCACAGGUACAACCCCAUGGGAACAGCAAUCGAUACGCCGACCACCUAGUGACAGCGGGAGUCGCUCAAACAACCGCGAUUCUUCAUUUGGUGCACGUCGUGACAGCCGGGAUACUACCGGACAGCGGGAACGGGUCGAGCGCCUGACUACAGCAUCGCAACCUCGUCAACCUCACUCACGAAAUGGCAGUGCGGCAGGCUCCUCGGGGGAUUACAACGAGGCUCAACAUUCCAGCAGUGGACGGCGACAUGACUAUGAUGUGCAGGCCAUGGAAUCGGACUUGAGUCCGCGAAAGGGAGUCACUAAGAACCCCAUCCCCGCCCCAAUCGUCACCGUGCGCAGCGAAUUCCCCACCAUGAACCGAUCCCGUCAGCAACAGUCCCUGACCUGCUUGAUCACGGUCGAAGUACCGGAAGGCAACUGGCGCCCGAACGCAGAGGAUCUGCGACAUAGCCAGGCCACCCAACAGCAGUUGGAUGAGCCAUAUUCUGCGCGAUUUGGAGGUUCUCAGGACGCACGAUCCAUUCAACAGGAACCGGCGGAGAAUCUGGAUGAGAUCGCGGAGGAGCUCAAGAACCGGGUGGACAAUUGGCAUGGUCUGGAAUUUAAUCGAUUUGGCAAGUUGCGUCUGCAUGGACAGAUGCGCGUUGGCAAGGACCGAGAAUCAUGGCAAGAGUUGGAAUGUUAUUUAUUCGCUGAGAUGCUUAUCUGUGUCAAAGAGAAGAAACCAUCUAGCUCACAUCACUAUGAAGAAGAGAAGCGCAAACGGCCACGCUGCACCCUGAAGGGCUCGAUCCUCAUCAAGAAGCACUUGAAAUCCCUGGAAGCGGGCGCCGACGAACCUAUCCUUUCCCUAAAUCUGUCUGUCAGCGAACUCCCCUACUUUUACUUGCGCUUCCAGUCUCGCCAGCAACUGGAGAUGUGGCGCCGCGCCUUGACGGAUCUGCACCCGAUUGAGAAUCUGUCGCGCGCUCAGGAUUAUGACCUCGAUAACUCCGGCGCAGAGGAGGAUGACUACCGGACCAGCCGUAUUCAACGUCAAGCCUCUAUCAACUCGUCCUAUGGCGCGGGCAAGUCUAACAACACUGCCAUCACUGACUAUAGCAAUCCCGACAUGGAAAAAGCAUCGAUCGACUCGUUCCAUGUUCCCAUCGAUCUCGUGGUGGUUAUUCCCGUGUCGUCGUCUAUGCAGGGUCUGAAGAUUACUUUGAUGCGUGAUGCUCUUAAGUUCCUGGUUAUGAAUCUGGGUCCUCGAGACCGCAUGGGAUUAGUGACGUUCGGUUCGAGUGGUGGUGGGGUACCUUUGGUGGGCAUGACUACCAAGAACUGGAGUGGAUGGAACAAGAUUCUUGAUUCUAUUCGACCAGUGGGCCAGAAGAGUCUUCGUGCUGAUGUGGUUGAGGGCGCGAAUGUAGCGAUGGAUCUCCUGAUGCAGCGCAAGUUGAACAAUCCUGUUUCGACUAUCCUGUUGAUUAGUGAUUCGUCUACCUCGGACCCCGAAAGUGUUGAUUUCGUGGUCUCGCGCGCCGAGGCCGCCAAGAUCAACAUCCACUCAUUCGGACUUGGCCUGACCCACAAACCGGACACGAUGAUUGAGCUCUCCACUCGCACCAAGGGUUCCUACCUCUAUGUGAAGGACUGGAUGAUGCUGCGGGAAUGUGUUGCCGGCUGCUUGGGUGCCUUACAAACCACAUCUCACCAAAAUGUCAAGCUCAAGCUUCGCUUGCCAGAAGGAUCCCCUGCCAAGUUUGUGAAGAUUAGUGGUGCCCUUCACACCACAAAGCGUGCUACAGGCAAGGAUGCCGAAGCGGCCUUGGGAGACCUCCGAUUUGGUGACAAGCGCGAUGUCUUGGUACAGCUGGUCAUUUCCCCUGACAAUGCAACACCAGACAAUAUGCCCCAGGACCCCUGGGAGAGUUUGGUUUCCGGAUUGGAGGCGCUGGGCGGUGGCCUAGAUGGGGAUGAGCAGCGAGUUCUCAGUGUGGAGGAGGUUCCCCUGAUCCAAGCUGACCUGACCUAUGGUGAUCUUCUUCGGGAUGGCCACCUCACUCACUCCCCUCGCCCAUCACUGCUUGCCAUCACCAUGCUCCCACCCAACCCCAGGGCCAAAAACCAACGACCCACGACACCUCCCAUCCCCCCUCACCCCUCGAUUGUGCAGCGACGCAUGGAACUGCUUACCUCUGAUAUGUUGACCCGCGCGCUCACGCUCGUCUCUCGUGGUCAGCAUGAUCGUGGGGAGCAUCUCUUGAACGAAACCCGAAGUAUCCUCAAGGGUCUCGGCAAGGGUGGCCUGCCUCCCCUUCCGCCAGUAGCUUCUCGGUCGGGCACCAGCGACUCGGGCAGCCGAGGCGACCACACCCCGAGCUCCUCCUCGCCCAAGUCUUCCACCUUUGGGGAGAGUCACGCCUCCUCCGCAUCUGAAACUGCAACCAUCACACCUACCUCUUCUGUUGAUACCCGGACCAUGACUGCUCUCAAUGCGGACUUGGAUGCUGCUCUGGAGUGGAUCAACCACCCUGCCGUGUUCGGCCGUGACUCCCGCAAGGCGGUCCUCCAGAGCAUCGGCGUCAUUUCAUCACAACGCGCCUACACCUACCGCACUGCAUCUGAAGCCCACUGGGCACAACGCAUUGCUGGUGUCCGUCGAUUGACAGACCGGUCAAAAGAUUGGCGUGAGAUGGGUGACGAUGCAUUGACCGAAGAAUAA